UUCCCAGUCAACCCCCACAGGAAACUUGCAACUCCACCAACCUCCAGCGCCGCGGCCCCCAAGCUUCCAGCCCCGAGGGCCAAGCCCGGGGAAAAGAGGAGGCGGGAGAGCAGAAACUUUAGUCCUGUUUGGGAUUCCUUAACUUUUUUUCCCCUUUCUCUGCUCAUCAGAUCCCCCCAAACCCCCCCCAAAACGUCACCCCACUCCCAUCCCCAAGGUAAGAAGUGGGAGUCGGGUCCGGGGAUAUGGAAAGGGGAGAUGAAGAGUGGGGAGAAGUACCUGAUUCGUGUCUCGACCUUUUAAUUUGAAUUUGACUGUUUUGAGCCCCGGGUUGGCUCGCUCUCUCCCUCUCUCCCGCAUUUUCCCCCUCUCCGCCCCCUUCUCCCCAGGAGUUACAGGCUGGUUACUGGAUAAACAAACCCCACUCUUCCUAGAACCCCCACCCCCCUCCACCCCCCUACCUCCCCUGCCGCCCGGGGGGCGCUUCCUUUGUUCGCGGGGAAGGGCUCCGGUGCCCCUACCCCGAGGCAGCUGCUAGAUGGCGCUGUUACUCCACUCUGCGCGCUCCGCCUGCCGACAACUUGACCCCGCUGACGUCACGGCCGUCUGAAUCAUCAAGGCCAUUUUCAAAUCCCAUUGGUCUAGCCGUCACAUGGUGAGAACCGAAUGCGCGGAUAAUUAUGGAGCUGAUAUUUCCCCCCCUCCCCUUCUUUUUCCUCCCUUCCCUCCAACCGCGCCCCCCCUCCCGGAUGGGGAAAAAAAAAGAUGUCAGCUCCUCCGCUGUAGUAUUGCUCCUUAAAAACCCCUCUCUGAAAAUGACAUGCCCUCGCAAUGUAACUCCAAACUCGUACGCGGAGCCCUUGGCUGCGCUCGGCGGAGGAGAGCGCUAUAGCCGGAGCGCAGGCAUGUAUAUGCAGUCUGGGAGUGACUUCAACUGCGGGGUGAUGAGGGGCUGCGGGCUCGCGCCCUCGCUCUCCAAGAGGGACGAGGGCGGCAGCCCCAGCCUCGCCCUCAACACCUAUCCGUCCUACCUCUCGCAGCUGGACUCCUGGGGCGACCCCAAAGCCGCCUAUCGCCUGGAACAACCUGUUGGCAGGCCGCUGUCCUCCUGCUCCUACCCACCUAGUGUCAAGGAGGAGAAUGUCUGCUGCAUGUACAGCGCAGAGAAGCGGGCGAAAAGUGGCCCCGAGGCAGCUCUCUACUCCCACCCCUUGCCGGAGUCCUGCCUUGGGGAGCACGAGGUACCCGUGCCCAGCUACUACCGCGCCAGCCCGAGCUACUCCGCGCUGGACAAGACGCCCCACUGUUCUGGGGCCAACGACUUCGAAGCCCCUUUCGAGCAGCGGGCCAGUCUUAACCCGCGCGCCGAACAUCUGGAAUCGCCUCAGUUGGGGGGCAAAGUGAGUUUCCCUGAGACCCCCAAGUCCGACAGCCAGACCCCCAGCCCCAGUGAAAUCAAGACGGAGCAGAGCCUGGCGGGCCCUAAAGGGAGCCCCUCGGAGAGCGAAAAGGAGAGGGCCAAAGCUGCCGACUCCAGCCCAGACACCUCGGAUAACGAAGCGAAAGAGGAGAUAAAGGCAGAAAACACCACAGGAAAUUGGCUGACAGCAAAGAGCGGAAGGAAGAAGAGGUGCCCCUAUACUAAACACCAGACGCUGGAAUUGGAGAAAGAAUUUCUGUUCAAUAUGUAUUUGACGCGAGAGCGCCGCCUGGAGAUUAGCAAGACCAUUAACCUUACAGACAGACAAGUCAAAAUCUGGUUUCAAAAUCGCAGAAUGAAACUCAAGAAAAUGAACCGAGAGAAUCGGAUCCGGGAACUGACCUCCAAUUUUAAUUUCACCUGAGCGCGCGGCCUCUCCUCCUCCCUUCCCCCUCCUUCCUUUCCCCGCCCCUCCUCCCUUUGUGCCUGGUGAUAUAUAUUUUUUUCCUCCCUGAGUAUAAAUGCAAUGCGACUGCAAAAAAGGCAAAGACCUCAGACUCUCCUUCCAAGGGACCUAUGGUUCGUGCUGCGAAGAUGCUUCCACUUAAAGCAUGAGAAAUGGGGUGCCGGGGUGUGGGGUGUGGUGUGUGCACUCAUAGAUGGGGGUGGGAGUGUGGCUGGUGUGUGUGUCAAACCCUCACUCACCCACGCACUCACACACAGCAUUCUGUUCUCCAUGCAAAGUUAAGAUCGAAUCCAUCCGCUUGUAGGGGAAAAAAAGGAAAAAAAUUAACCAGAGAGGGUCUGUAAUCUCGCAGAGCACAGACAGAAUCGUUCCUUCCUUGCUGCAUUUCCUCCUUAGACUAAUAGACGUUUUGGAAAGUUCGGCUAGUGUUCGUGUGUUUGUCGUAGCACCCAGAGCCUCCACCAAACCCUCUCCGUGUCUUUACCUCACAGUCGCUCUAAGAAUCUGCUUGAAGUCUCGUAUUUGUACUGCUUUCUGCUUUUCUCCCACCCCUCCUAGCACCCCCACAUCCCCCAUCUAGUAACAUCUCAGAAAUUUCAUCCAGAGGAACAAAAAAAUUAAAAAUAGAACAUAGCAAAGCAAAGACAGAAUGCCCCCCCCCCAAUAUUGCCCUGUCCCUGUCUGGGAGUUGUGUUAUUUAAAGAUAUUCUGUAUGUUGUAUCUUUUGCAUGUAGCUUCCUUAAUGGAGAAAAAAAAAUCCUAAUAAAUUUCCAGAAUCAUAAUCCUCAAA